AUGCCUGAGAAAGCUUACUACGCCUUUUUCCUGGGAUUCCUGCCCGAUGCAAAAGACGAAUCGCCUUCCAGCUAUGCUAUCAAACUCGCAGUCUUUGGAGAGCUCAGCGAUGAUUCGAAGACUGUCACCACGAUCAGAAAGAUCAUCGACGCGAACACGUUCGAUUUGUUCGAUGUGGACUUCGGAGACACGAUCGUCUUCAAACUAGAGUCAGUCCUCCCUCGUGCACAUGUUCUAAAAGGGUCCAACUUUAUUUCAGAGGGAAAUUGGAGCGUGGAUCAAUAGUCAAAAUUCAAGACUUUCCGAGAGAACUGGAAUAUAUGCAGAGACAUGUUAGCAGGAACAAACAACAUAUUGUGGUACAUUUCUGCUUCCUUUUUCGCGUCAAUAGUCGAAUUGUUUCAGUACUGUCUCAAAAAGGUGUGCGUCGUGGCUUCUGAGCUCAUUGUCGCCGAUCAGUACGAACACGAAAUAUUCGGAACGAUGCUCGAUCCUCAACAGCUCGUCGUCCCGGGAAUGUGAUUUUCCGCCCGUUUCUCUUCUCGAAUUCUCUCAUUUUCAGCUUCGAGGUGUUCGUGUUCACAGUGAAGAUUCAUCCUACCAAACCUGAAUUCUUGUUGAUCGUCGAAAAUGCGACGCCGUCGAGUGAGAUGGUCGAGCCGCAAAAUGACACUUUGCGGGAACUAUCUCGUUUCGAGAGAUUGCCUGAAAUAUUGAGAAUCGAAGAAGCACACAACAAGAAUGUAAGCGCUUGUUGAAGGAAGCUUGAAAGAAUCAAAGUGAUUCCAGAGCGAACAAGUCACUUGGAAUGCUAUCGGCCACUUGCAACUGAUCUCUUUCGACGACACCGACCCGUUUUGCGGCCUCCGUCCCGUCCUCAAGCUUCUCGAUAUGUCGCACGAAAAACUCUUUUCAUCGCAAGACGGAUGUAGAGAACUGCGAAGAAAACAGCAAUCAGCCAAUGUUGUAUUUCAGCCGCGAUCUCACUGGUCAAACAGGUCAUCAAGGACGGAAACGAAGAAGAGUGGGAGGACGUGGAAAUCGUGGAUGGCGGUCCGCAGGGAACGUUCUUCACUGCCGAUGAAGUCGAUAAUGAAGCUGUAUGUGAACACCCACGUGACUCUCUUUUCAUUUGUUCUCUUUUCAGCGCUGCAUCGUGAAACUGAGUAAGACGUGGCGAAACAAAGUGGAUGACUACUUCGAAGUUGGCGACAUCGUCCGUGUCAUCGCCGAAAGUGCGAAGAAUUCAGCCGAUUACUACGAGUAAGAGACAUCCAGACUUCAGACUCAAAAGUCCGAAAUUUGAGUAGUGGAAAUCGUGCCCACUUCUGAUACAAUCGGAUUCUUGUUUGUUUGCAGAAGCGGCAACCACGUGCGGAAUCUACUAUUUCAGCAGACGAUUCAGAAGCCGGCAUCCGCGACCGAGCACUUGAUGUUCUUGGGUGAUCUGCUCGAGCACAAAUUGCAAAACAAGAAGGAUAUUGCGGAGAUGAAGGACGAAAAAGUGUACCAAUGCAAUCUGAACGAGAUGCAGUGGAAAGCAGUGAUGAUGGGCACCAACGAGAAACGAAAACUCGUGUUCAUCCAAGGACCGCCCGGAACCGGCAAGACCACCACUCUGGGAAACAUCAUCUGGAAGCUGGUCCAGGACAAGAAGCAAGUGAUCGUGCUCACUCCGACGCACGAAUCGCUGAGGAACAUUAAAAGACUGGUGGCCCAUUUGAGUAAAAAAAGAAGCGCAACGGGGAAAUUCAAUAAAAACUGUAAGUAAUUAUAGCACAGUGACAGGGAACAGACCAACGAAUUUCAGCACUGCUGGAUUAUAAAUUAUACAGUAAGUUGCUGCAAGCCGGAGAAAAAGUGGAAGAAGUGGCUGAAGAAUUGGUGAGGGAGUGAAUUGAAUGAAUCGAACAACAAAUACAAAUUUACAGAGAAAGAUGAGAGCGGAAGUAAAGAAUGGGACAAUGAAAAGGGCGGAGUUCGAGCAGUUGUCAAUCCAGAAGUCUACAGCUCUGACCGUCGAGCGUACCGAUGUGAGCUACCAGCCGACAGUUUUUUUCAGAUAAAAAUUAUUUACUUUAAGCAAAUCAUGAAGAACGUUUCGGUGGUGUUCUCGACCAUUCAGGCCUCUUUCGCAACCACCAUGAUAAGCCACCCGGACUUCAACCCGUCGGUGUGCAUUUUGGGUCAGUCCGGAAACUUCCGCAGUUUAGGAUAAUGAGUAAGCCUUUGCCGAUUCAGACGAAGCCGCCCAAGUAACUGAAGCGAUGACGUGGCCGGCAAUCGACACGAUGGACCGCGUCAUCAUGGCUGGAGAUCCCCAACAGCUUCCCGCUCUGGUGCUCUCUAAAGCGUGAGUUUGAACGCAAACAGAGCGUCCACCUGAACAGACCUCAUUUCAGAGCUCGCGAUUUCAAAUUGGAAAACUCUGUGAUGUAUCGUUUGAUGCCGAAUAAGGAGAGAAUCAGCUGGGUCACACUCGAGGAACAGUACAGAAUGCAUCAGGAAAUCGCCGAGUGGUCGAACCAAAUGUUUUAUGAUCGGGCUCUGAAACAUGCGACGAAUCCACAAAGGACUUUAAGGCGAGAGAAAUUGAACAGUAGUGUAGAACGAAACAGCCUUUCAGAAAGCUCUUCUGCGUGUUCAAAAACUUUGAGAUGAUGUUCGACCCUCUCGUUUUCAUCGACACUUCUAUUGAAACCGCAAGUACGAAGCGAGAGGAUACUUAUGAGCACAUCAAGUGCGGAAUCUCCGACCAGACGAGAGCUCAAGGAGCGUUCACAUAUGCAAAUAGAGGUCAGUCUUCAAGUCGUGCCUCCGUUAAUUCAUUUGUUCGUUUCAGCUGAAGUUGAAAUCGUCGUUGCUCACUACAGUCGUCUUCUGGAAGUGGGCGUCAAGCCGGAAUCAGUUGCCGUGAUCACUCCGUACAGGGGGCAGGUUCUGAUUCUCUGAUUUCAAGUGAACAUUGUGUUUUUUAAGUUGGAAGACGUCAUGACUGCUCUGACUGCAUGGCGUCAGAAGAUUUUGACGGAUGAUGAAAAUGCCGAUGAGAAUGAGAAGAGGAAGAAGCGGAAUCUUCGACCUAUUCUGGAGAACUUCGACGCGUUCAGGGUCGGAACAGUGGACAGAUAUCAGGGUCAAGAGUUCGACGUCGUCAUCUUCUCGCUGGUGCGCAGCAAUCCCAAACGUGAGCUUUGCCUCUUCGUCCUCUUCUUAACACUCUCCUUUUUCAGUCACCCUUGGAUUCGUCCAAGAUACCCGUCGGCUAAAUGUGGCGUUGACCAGAGCCAAGCUGCAGUUCGUGCUCAUCGGAAACGGCUUCAUGAUGAUGAAAUCCAAUGAGGAAAAAAUUCGACAACUUUUCAUGUAAGCCAUUAUUGUCCCUCUUAUUUCACAUCCUCUGUGUACACAUUUCAGACUGUUCUGCAAGGAAAAGAAACGCUUCCCCGCUUGUUACGCCUUCGGAAGAAAAGAGCAAUUCGACGCGACGGAGUGCAAAGACAACUUCGGCAGAAACUUUGAAUCGUUCCGGGACUUUACGGAAGACAAUGACAUGAGAAAAUGGAUAGAUAAUUACUGCGCCGUUCAGAAAGAGCCAGAGUUCCAAUUGAAACGGGCAACCGCAAAGGCCGUGAAGAAGAAGCGGGAGGAGGCGGAAAAGGCCAAGGGCAAGUGGGAACCGACUAAGAAGUAG